AUGGCGAACUCCGAGUCGGGCGAUCCAUCCCCCAUCGCCAGACACGCGAUGAAGGCACCAAGUGCCGGGGAACGCCGCGAGAGCUUCAGCUCUCAGAACUCGCAAACCGCGAGGGAGUUCAUCGAAUCCCAAAUCCGACUCGAAGCUGAUGCGCGUGAAGUGCUCCCAUAUUCAUUUGACACAUGCACAAGGGAUCUAGGUCCCCUUCGCCAAUCUCUUUUCGCCUGCCUCACCUGCAACCCUCCCCCGACCACCUCUGAUGGAUCUUACACCCCCGCAGCCGUAUGCUACGCCUGCUCUAUCUCGUGCCAUGGCGAACACACACUCGUCGAACUAUUUAACAAGCGAAACUUUGUCUGUGACUGUGGAACGACCCGUUUGCCUACCUCUUCCCCAUGCAGUUUACGAAACGACCCGAAGACCGGCGCGAAAGGCGUGCACUCGGAAGAGCCACACCCAGGCAACAAGUACAACCACAACUUCCAGAACAAGUUCUGCGGCUGCGGCGAAGAUUACGAUUCAGACAAAGAGCGCGGUACAAUGUUCCAGUGUCUAGGUCUAGGGACCGUAGAGACGGGCGGUUGCGGUGAAGACUGGUGGCAUCCGGAAUGUUUGAUUGGACUGCCACGCGACUGGUACAAGGGUGUGAAGAAGAAUGGAGUUCUUGAAGGAGAAAAGCCAGCAGCAGAAGAUGAUGACGAUGACGAGGAAGAAGAGACACCUCUUCCGCCCGGGUUCCCUGCAGAAGAAGACUUUGAAAUAUUCCUCUGCUACAAGUGCGUUGAAUCGAAUCCCUGGGUAAAGCGCUAUGCAGGGACAACCGGGUUUCUGCCUCCUGUAUACAAAGAAGGCGGACUUGCGAAACCUGAAGAGCAUAAACCUGCCCCAGAACCAGAACAACCAGGCCAGACCACAGAAGAGCAACCCAAUAACCCGAAGAAACGACCAGCCGAAAAUAUUGAGGACGAAGGUGAACCAGCAUCAAAGCGACAGAAAGACGUCGAUAACGAACCCGAGAACAAAAGCGACAUCAGCAACCCUCCUGAACCCAAUCCCACCACCCAAGAUACCGAAAACACCAACAAACCCAAACACGCCCUCCUCCCCCAAACCACCCCCACUUCCGCCUUCUCUCUUUUCAUGAAAGACGACUUUCGCGACCGCUUCUGCCGCUGCCGCGACUGCUACCCCAAUCUUGCCGCGCACCCACAACUCCGCGAAGACGAAGAAACCUACGAACCCCCCAUGUCGGAAGACGGCGAUGGCCCCAACGGCGGAGGCAGCACCGGCACCGGCAGUCUCCUGGAUCGCGGCGAAGCAGCCCUCAGCAACAUCGAUCGCGUCCGCGCUAUUGAAGGCGCAAUGGUGUAUAACCAUCUACGCGACAAAGUGAAGGAAUUCCUGACACCAUUCGCGGAGACUGGCAAGGCCGUUAGCGCGGAAGAUAUUAAGGCAUACUUUGAGAAGUUGCGGGGGGAUGAUCAGUCUAUUCGGGAUGCAGCUUCUGCUGUCUCUGGAAAGAGGGAUGGAGAUGACGAGGGUGAUGGGGAUGGCAAUCGCAGGGAACAGAGCGGUAUGUAUCACAUGUUUUGA